AGUCUAUUUUCAUAAGAUUCUUUCAGAAACUCCAGUUAGGUCUUGGGUGUCGGGUUGAAAUUUCUUAUCGCGUAGUGGGAGUUUUUUGUUGUGUAGUAUUGAAUUUGUCUGUCCAAAACAAUCAGAAGAGUAAUUGAUAUAUAUAUAUUUGGUGAUGGGGAUAAAGCAGAUAGAUGGUGAACAAGAUGACGACUUUCAAGAAGAUGAGUGCGAUUCCAACUAAAAAAGAUUUUGUUGAUGCGGUCGUUGCUCUUCAGAAACGAGCCCUCAAGGCUCCCACUUUUGAGGUGGACAUUUUUAUCCGUUGGUUCUACGUGAAUAAGGUUCAUAGCGCGCGGAAAUUCUUUUACCAUGGGAUCACUAAGGUUUUGGAUGAGUUUCCUUCCGUUGGUCAAACUCCUCCCAGCGGCCUGCGCUGUAGUCACUUGAGCCUCGCUCGAAACCAAUUGUUUGAUGCAAGGCAACUGAUUCACAGAAUCGACAAGUGUUAUGCGCAGCUACUGAAAAGUAAUGAUUGUGAUUCUCUCGACCAAUGCAAGCGUCUCAACGCUGCUGCUCUUGCGCUUAUGUUUACUGUUGCAGUGAGAUGCCUCCCCAGUCUGACUUAUCUCGACAAGCUCCGGCAGCUAAUGGUGGAUUUGGAAGAUGGCAAGGCUGAUGCUACUGUUGUCAAGUACUCCAUCUUCUUGUCUAGGGAAGACUGCACUGUCCCUAAACCUUAUUGCUUUGAUGCUCUGAAUGUUGACCAUGUUGUUCCUCUACAAACUUCGCUUUGGAUUGAGGAGUUGGAACGUGAACAUGGAUGCCCCCAGCCUCCACAGUGAUCAGCUGCACAAAAGCUCGUUUGCUUACAUAUCCUAUCAGUCUGUUAAAGAAAUCUUUCUUUUUUAUUAAUUAUGCUCUGUCCUUUUGUUUUUGCGGAUCUUUUCUUGUGGCCCUCUGUCUGGUUGUUUCCUUUUGUUUAACCCUCCUCUUCCAAUCUUAGAUGGACCCUUAUAUAAUCAUCUUUUUCUUUUUUCGUCUGGAUGAACAUGAAACCAAAGAAACCCUAUUUUCAGAG